CAAAGUACAAUGCACGGCGGUGGAGGUGGUGGUGGUGGUGGAGGAUACAAUCCUGCUUUUUACGGUGGUUUUCAUCAUCACUAUGGCAACAGGAAUGCUAAAUGUUGUCUGUGUAUUGGCCCUAUUUUAGGAUUCAUAGUGUGUUUAAAUCCCAGCAUGUCAAAGAUGUACAAGGUCAUCGUACUAUGGGUCUGGCUCCUUCUGCUUGCUUUGUUGGUAGGCCUUCCAAUAAGAUAUUCCACAUAUGGUCCUGAAACCGUAUUCUCCUCGCCAGGGGAUAUGAGGCAUAUCCAAAAGAGAUUCAACAGCUUUAUGUGCACUGGACUUGAGAUAACAAACAAAGAAAGUGAAAUGGUUGAUGUGUACACAACAUCGGAAACACCAUAUGUUGAUAAAAAUAAAACGUUAACACAGACCAUUCAACGGGCAAGUAGAAUUGAUGAUAUGAGGUUUGAAUACUGGGGUUACCACUUAAUAGCCGGAUCAGAAGUCACAAUCAGGACGACAGUCAAUGCAAAUGUCGAACUAUACAUUGCUAAAGGAGUAUCUGGGCGCAACAAAUGGCGAGGAAAAUUUAAUCAAUGUAAGAAUAAUUGUGAAAACCAACUUCAAAAGGACGUAGAGUUUUCAGCCCUGUAUAAAAAUGAGACCUACCUAGCGAACUUAUCGAUUUCUACUACAGAUGAUUAUUUCUUCAUAUAUGCCAGAUCACGACGAUCAGAACAACGAGGGAUUACCUUCGCAAACAUAAAUAUGACAUUUUUUCUGAGAAGGACACGCUACAACCUAUCAAACACGAAGAAAGAAUGCAUCUUAUCGACAAAAGCCAACAAAUCUUGCACUAUAGACCUCCCCUACAGAGCCGACCGAAACAUCCUGCUGACAUAUGACGUUAGCUCUAAUGCACUUAACCUUGAUGUUAUCACAACAUGUAUUCCCAGAGAAUGGGUCUAUCUGGUGUUUUUCCUUGGAUUGCCCUUUGCUAUUGGUUUAAUUCUAUCAGGACUUAUAAUGCUUCUAUGCAAGGAUAAGCAGAAGACACUGGAAAGUGACAUUGCACCAAAUGAGAAAACUGUCACUUUAGACAAUAAAAGAGGCUACUCAAACCCAGUGGUACAGUACUGAACAAAGUGGGUGCAUUGACAUAUUGACUUGUACUUAUGAUUUAUAUAACAUUGGGUGAAAUAGAUUGAUGAAAUAUUAAAGACAAAAAGUGAAAUACCCACCUGAAAAUCUAUUUGCACCCACUUAGGAAUGAAAAAAUUAUAAAAAUUAGCAAAUCAGAAUUAUGAAAAAAAACUAGAAAAAGAGCGACUCCCUCAGAGUAGCAGAUCCCGUCAGACAAAUCAAUAUUUUGUCAAAUUGCUCGUCACUGUAAAUGGUUCGUGGUAGAAAAAAACAGGCAGUAGCAAAAUCUACAUCCAUGACAUAACGCCAUAUGUUACUAAAAUAUGUGCCAAAAAGUUUGAAAAUGUAUAAUUAAAAGAGUCAACUUUAAGAAAGCAUAGAUGUGAGGGGGUGUUACCUUUAUAUGUGUUGAUAGCAAGAUGUGUCAGGAUCAGAGCAGAUUUAGACGCAACAGCCAUGUUGUCAUGGAAACAACCCUCCUCACAUAGUCUUAGUACUGUGGAACCUAUACAGCAAUAAAUAACAAGACAUAUAAUAUCUGUUGCAAUAGAUCAUAUAAUGUUUGAUAUUUUGGAAAUUAUAUCAUCAAGGAAGAAGGUUGUUUUACAUACAGUAUUGCUUUUAUUUUAUUUUAUUUCUUCUUUCAAAUUGCAAAGUGCCAUCUUUGUUGAAAAUAGGAUAAAAGAUCUAAAUUAAUACAGCCCAGGUCCAAUGCUCAGAUGUAACAAUACUUAGGUUUGUUUCUCACCUUGAUUUGUGUCAAAGUUAGUCACAGCCAUUGAGUUUGAGAGACUACAUAACACAGUCAGCGUACAUAACCUCAGUCUUGUACUCCUGGUCUCCAAUGCAAAGCAGCAUAAGGCCUGAAUCAAAUGGGAAAUACAUGUAGACUAAUUGUACAUAGGGCAUUCAAUAAGUAAACUUGAUUUUGCUUAAACACUGAAAGUUUGAACAAAUAUUUUGAGGAAUCUGACUACUAAGCGAAAUUCUUGAAUUUUCCCUAUAACAUUUAAUAUAUUCUCAUAUAACAAUAACACGUUGACAUCACGCUAGAUUUGAUUUAGUCCACCACGUCCUUGAGUUUUAUACAGGUAUGAAUAAUUCUUUGGGACAUCACAUAGCUUACUAAUUCAUUUAAGCAUCACAUAGCUUACUAAUUCACUGUGACGUGACGAUCACAUCCCGGGAUCACAUAGCUUACUAAUUCAUUGUAGCAUCACAUAGCUUACUAAUUCAUUGUGACGUGACGAUCACAUCCCGGGGAUCACAUAGCUUACUAAUUCAUUGUAGCAUCACAUAGCUUACUAAUUCAUUGUGACGUGACGAUCACAUCCCGGGAUCAAAUAGCUUACUAAUUCAUUGUAGCAUCACAUAGCUUACUAAUUCAUUGUGACGUGACGAUCACAUCCCGGGGAUCACAUAGCUCACUAAUUCAUUGUGACAUCACAUAGCUUACUAAUUCAUUGUGACAUGACGAUACACAUCCCGGGAUCACAUAGCUUACUAAUUCAUUGUGACAUCACAUACCUUACUCUUUCUGAGAUAUAAAAGUACUCUAUCAGUUCCCUUCUAGGAAAAUUUUUAGGAAGGCAAAGGUGGUCUGAUCAUCAGAAUGUAGGUUACUCAAACAAUUAACAACUCUACAAACCUCAACAUUACUGGGAAGCCACAUGUGUGCACCUUUAUCAGCCAAGACUUUUAGGUUCCCCAGUAUUGCAGCCUGGACUGGUUUUCUUGUCUCAACCUUGAGAUGUUUCAACAACAAUUCAACCUAAAGUCAUAAACAAGCACUUAUUGCCAAAUAUGGGAAUGACAUAUUGCAAGAUGACUGUAUCUUUAUUGUUAUACAUUGUUUUGGAUGCACAAACAUCAAACAAACACCCUUCUGUAAAUAUUUUCCCAACUUUGUUAUAUUUAUAAUAUGUACAUUAUUAAAUGAUCAAAUUUGGUCGCAAUAAAGGAAAAUAUAUAUACCUUA